GUAACGUUCAGUUUUCGUUCCCAAGGAACAAAAAACUUUCGAUAAUCCCGGUGCCCAAAAUCCCAAUCCCAACCUCAAUGCCCACCCUCUAUAGAAGUAUAGAACUCUUUACCCUCUAAUCUUCUAAAUUGCUCCAUUAACAACUUAGUGCCAAAACUCAGAUUGAACUUUGGGGGAAUUGAAAGCCAUUAAAGAAGAUCAAAUUGAGCUCCUCCUCUGCAACCCUGUCCAGUGUCUACCGCCCUGCAAUUGUAACCUGGCACUCCUUCAUUGUGGUCCUCCAUGGCUGUGAGGUUUUAAAGGAUUAAGUUUUAAAUUAAACAAGGGGGACUAUUGAUUCAAUUCAUUAAUAGAUAAGCAAUUCUCUUGCCUUAACAAAUGGAAGCGGUUGCAUCUCCACAGUCAUAUUCAUACCUGAUUGCUAAGAGUCAGAAAUACUUGCCUCUGAAGGACAAUUCCAGGUGUAAAUUUUAUUCCCAAAAGCAUCCUCAUGUAGUCUCAAAAUCAAUAGACUUACCAGUGAGCCACCAUGUGCUUGAUAAGAUGCCUAACUCGGAUACUUUUGCUUGGAAUAAUCUUAUUCGAACUCAUCUUGCGAUUGGAGAGAUAGAUAAUGUCAUGUACAUAUAUCAACAAAUGCUGUUACGAGGUGUUUUUCCUGAUAAGCACACGAUUCCUCGUAUUUUGGCUGCUUCUCACCUAUCAGAUUCCUUGUUUCUUGGGAGACAGGUUCAUGCACAUGCUGUUAAACUAGGUAUUUCUUCUGAAGAUUAUGUCAUUAGUGCCUUGAUGAAAAUGUAUGGUCAUUUAGAUGGCGCCAAAACAGUAAGACAAGUCUUCAACACGUUGAGUGUGGGAAAAAGCUCUGUCUUUGGAACCUUGCUCAUUUCCAUGUACUUGAAGGAACAUAAACCCAAGUUAGCGCUUGAUGUGUUCUACCAAAUGGUAACCUUGAGUGCCGAAAUUGAUGCCGUGGCAAUAAUGACUGCAAUUGGUGCAUGUGGCAUGCUUCGAUCACUGCAAGAUGGAAGAAGAGUGCAUAAGAUAGCCAAGACUUGUGAAUUGGGAACUCAUGUCUUGGUGUGUAAUUCCUUGCUCAAAAUGUAUUUGGAUUGUGGGAGCAUCGAAAGUGCUCGUGAAGUAUUUGAUGAUAUGUCAUCAAGAGACCCCAUCUCUUGGACAGAAAUGAUCCGCGGUUAUGUGAAGAAUGGAGGAUACAAUGAAGGUCUCAAAUUGUUCAAGAAGAUGAUGACGGAGGGCAUUCGACCAGAUCCACAUGCUGUUUCAAGCAUUUUACCUGCCUGUGCAAGAAUGACAUCCCAUAAGCAGGGAAAAGAAAUUCAUUGUUACUUGAUUAGGAAUGGUGUUGAGAUGAACAUUACGGUAGAAAAUUCUCUUAUAGACAUGUAUGUCAAAUCAGGAUCGAUUGAAGCAGCUUCUAGAAUUUUCAGAGAGAUGACAUCUAGAGAUGCCAUUUCUUAUACAAUCAUGAUUUAUGGCUACGCUCUUCAUGGACAAGGAGCUAACGGGGUUGACUUGUUUCGUGAGAUGAAGAAAAACAAUUUUGUAAUUGAUGAGGUUGCAUAUUCCUCUUCUCUAUAUGCUUGUGUGGCGGCAAAUUUAGUGGAGGAAGGGAUGAUGUUCUUCUCUUUCAUAAGGAGACCAAAUGUCAAACAUUAUGCUUUUAUGGUUUUGCUUUUGGCUCGUGCUGGAUUUUUUAACAAGGCAAAGACAUUUGUUGAGGAAAAUCAAAUUGGAAAACAUGUAGAGGUGGUAAGAGCUUUAUUAGAUGGGUGCAGGGUACAUCGAAAUACUAAAACAGGGAAAAAAAUCGUUGAGUGGCUUUGUGAAAUGGAGCCACUUAAUGCUGAUAAUUACAUUAUGUUGUCAAAUUGGUAUGCUGGGAAUGCCAAAUGGGAUACGGUGUGCAAAUUGCGGGAAACAAUUAGAGACAUGGGUUUGAUGCCUAGAAGAGCAUAUAGUUGGAUAGAGUUUCACAAUAAGAUACAUGUAUUUGGUACUGGUGAUGUAUGCCACCCAAGAUCUGAGAAACUAUACUGGGAACUACAGGUUUUAAUGAAGAAGAUGGAGGAAGAGGGGUAUGUUUUUGAUGCAGAAUUCCAUCUCCAUGAUGUCGAUGAGGAGCGAGAGUGCAUCCCAAUAGGGCAUAGUGAAUUGCUUGCUAUUUCAUUUGGUUUGAUUAGCACUGAAAAGAGUACAAUUCGAAUUACGAAAAACAGCCGUGUCUGCCAUAACUGUCAUGAAAUAGCAAAAUUCAUAUCUCGAUUAAAAUCUCGCGAGAUAAUAUUAAAAGAUCCCAGUUGUUUUCACCAUUUUAAAGGUGGACAAUGUUCUUGUGGGGACUUUUGGUGAUGUUUUAAGUGAAGGUAAACAACUUCAUUGUUAUGAUUAUGAAGCUGUAGUGCAUUAGUGCGAAUGAAUGAAGAUCAGCACGUACUUUCUGAUGGCUGCUGCUUGUUUUCCCAAUGUCAGGUAAGUUCGAUGAAAAGUAAACCUAUAUUGUUUGAUUCAAAGUUACUUAGCUGUGUAACUGAUGGUAGGAUGUGAGUUUUAGUGUUUGUGGCUUAUAGGCUGUUGAACCUUCAAAAAAAUUGUUAUCAUGACAUAGAAAAAUAGUUCUGUGAGGGGCAUGGGUGGAUGUUGUUAUAUGAUCAAGCACGGUUUGUUGCAGCAAAUUAUAAAUUCUGCUAGAUCAAGCAAAGUUUGUGCUUCCAUAUGUGAUACCUUGUAUGAUUUGCUGAAUUUUGUUUCUGAAUUUGCAUUUGCAACAAGUGGCUUGACAUUAUUGAUGUGAACAUCCCAACUAGUGUAAAUGGCAUAUAAGCAUAGUUACUCGAUAUGCAGGUCAGACCCCCAAUCAGCGUCCCAGUUUGUGUGUCUCAAAUCUUUAGGCUAAGUGUGAUCUGGAUCGUUGUGGGACUUGGCCCAGAAUGACGAAGGUCUCUACUCACAUUUUUUCUUUGAGUAUGCUGUAUGCCCAUGGAUCAGAGAGAAAAGAAGAGAAAAUGUUCAUCUGCCCUCAACUUUUUCCAUGGAGGGUAUCAUAUCGCAUUUUUCUUCUGUUAAUUUCCAUUAAUUGCAAUCAGAUCCAGCAAAACAUUCAUCUGCAAUUUUCACGAUUUUCUCCAAAUUGAAGUCUCCCAAAAACCUCAAACUUUGAUCUUUCAGCUUUAGUGGGAAGCAUUACUGUCUCUGCACGAACAUGAAUAAACAGCAUGCAUGCAUGAAGCGGAUGUUUGUAUCUGUAUGGUUUCAUAUUUUUGUUUUUGACAAUGUUCGAAGAUUUGGAUUCUUUACGGUUUCAUAUUUGGAUUGUUUUCCUUUGUUCAAAAUCUCUUUGUUUGAAACUAAAUUGAAGCAUUCUCUUUGAGGAAGCAUAAUGGAUUCUUCUUCAAAUCUAUACCAAAACAAUUUAGUGAGUUUGUUAUUUUCUUGUUUUUUAUGUUUCUUUUUCCAGUUCCAUUUCUGUAAACACGACUUUUAAUAGAAUUUCAAAAUCUUAAAGCAGUAGACUACAUAAUAGCAGGGAUGUCAAUGCCUCAAUGGGUCAGACUCGGCUUGGGUUAUCCACCCUCUGACUUUUCUCCAGAUGAAACUCGGAAUAUGUUCUUUAGUCCACCGCCACUCGGAGUCAAAUCAUGCAUAUUCCACCUUUGUCAUAUAUUUGUGAAUUGGUCGUUAUAAGAACACUGUAUUAAACAAUAUCAAUACUUAAUAUUUCUUUUUUGUGCUGCUCUCUUAAUCAUCUUUUGAUUGUGAACAAUCGAGUUUCAUACCGUUGUCACAACAGGGGUAUAGAUUUCACAGAAGCAUUGAGGAUGCAGAUGGAAGUUCAAAAACGUUUGCAUGAGUAGCUUGAGAUUCAAAGAAAUCUGCAGCUACAGAUAGAAGAAUAAGGGAGAUAUCCACAGAAGAUCCUUGAGCAGCAAUCCAAGGCUGCUGGUGCUCCCGAGCUCAAGAUUGAUUCUUCGACAUUUGAAGAUCCUUCCUCUUUGACUCUACCAAUUGCAGACUCAGAGGAUACAUCUUCUCAAGAUCAAAACAAUACCGAAAGGCUAACUGAUGCUCCUUCGACCCCCGGGAAGACCACUGAAAGGUCGAGAAGGGGAGAAGGAAAGAUACCUACAACCGAAAUUGCCAAGUGCCAUAACCCUUAUGAUCAAGACUCGUCGGAACUGCAUCCAAUGAAGCGCAGUAAAAGGUCCGAGUCAAAUAUUUUCGUACCUUCAUAACGUCCUUAAGAUUGAUGCAAUGAAGGGAACCACCUAAUUGCCUUGCGAAUCGCAAUUGAAAAAGCGAUUUGUGGUUGAUUUUAAGCUAUUUAGAACCAUUUUGAGCGAAUUGCAAAUCCAAAAGGCGAACUAACUAGCGAAUUAUGUUUCACUGCUGCUGCUGCCUACAGUGGUAGAUUUAGUCGAGGCCGAGUGACACGACACAGGAUAUAAUAGCAACUUUAAAAGCCUUGUGUCACUCAUAUUUGUAAGAUAGGGAGUUGCCAAGUUCCAUAUAGAUAAAAGAAACCUUGGAAGUGGUUUCUUUUUAAGUUAAUCCAGUCAUGGCACCUGAUGUUGCAUUUGGUUUGUCAGACGUAAUAUUUCAUCAUCAAAGUAAUUACUGCAUAAUGCAGUUUGGGUGUCACUUACCUGUUUCUUUUUUUCCGGCACGCCUAAGCUGAUGAUCUCGACCUAGAAAAGCAUAGAUUCUGGCUGCAGCCUGGUUUGGCUCGGUUCAUGGGCAGAUCAGCUCUAGGUCUGUGACCAAAAAAGGUUCGAAAUUAAACUCGAAAAAGAAAUUGAAGUAGCCUUUCAUUGGGGAAUUAUUAGCUUAGCUUUCAAGUUUUGUCGCCUUGAAAUGAUCAAGGAAGGGCUCAUACUACUCCUUUUUCUAGAUUAAUGAAAAUCAUGAGUAAUAACCUUUAAAAAAAGUAGUCCUCUUGUCAAAUGGAUUGCUUUUAUUGUCGAUCUCCUGACAUAAAUUUAAAUUGGUCUUUUGAUAUGGUAGUACAUCUUAUACGUAGUUCUAUCGCUAUCUCACAUAACUUUAUAAUAUGCUUUAUGAAUUUUAUUCUUCGAUAGUUAGCAAUCUUGUACAUUUUUGUAAUACGUAGUUCUAUAACUAUUUCACAUAGAUUUUUAAUGCUUUAUGAGUUUAUUCUUUGGUAGAUAGCAAUCUUGUAGAUCUUCUAAUAUGUAGUUCAAUCACUAUCUCACAUAACUUAAAUAUGUGUCAUGAGUUUUACUCUUCGAUAAUUAGAGUCAUCUUUCAUAUCUCCGAUGUUCUUAGAGAUGGAUAACAAUCUAUUUGUAAUACCCGAAUUUCCUCUCGUUCUUUACAGUUUUGAUUUCGGUAAGAGGUCGGAAAUUCAUGGGUGUUACACUAUUCCUCCAUUAGUCUUUGGAAAACUUAUUUUCUUAAAAAUCUUGUUGAAUCAUCAUUUGGCUAAAUUAGUCUGAUAAUCUUAAAUAUCUUAAUAUCUCAAUCGAUAUACCAUCUCAACUUAUCACUUUCUUUUUACAUCCCAACUUUUUUUCAAUGUCAUUUAAUUUUAAUUUUUUGGCAAUUAAACCGCUUAGUAGUUUGUCU